AACGUAAUCUUAUUUAUGAGGGUGCAGGGGGAAAAAAAAAAUGAGCUUCAGGUCAGGGAGAAUAUAAAUGACCAUCACCAUCGGGGUUCUGCUACAUUUGAGAAGCUGAAGCACCUCCCAGGACACAGCCCACAGGCUGAUUUUGCUUCUCGGCUCCAAAAUAAGACUUGAUCUGGGGGCAGUUGUUACGAUUCUGCAGCCGGCAGCUUUGAAGAGAACCUGCGAGGAAGGCGGCUGGGGGGCUUGACCGCACACCUCCGUCCCACGUCCGCAGCAUGUGCACUGGGAGCUGUGCCAAGUGCCUGGGGGGCACCCUCAUCCCCCUGGCUGUGUUUGGCCUCCUCGCCAACAUCCUGCUAUUUUUCCCCGGAGGAAAAGUGAUAGACGACAAUGACCACCUUUCCGACGAGGUCUGGUAUUUUGGAGGAAUAUUAGGAAGCGGAGUCUUGAUGAUCUUCCCUGCCCUGGUGUUCUUGGGCCUGAAGAACAACGACUGCUGCGGGUGCUGCGGCAACGAGGGCUGCGGGAAGCGCUUUGCGAUGUUCACCUCCACAAUAUUUGCAAUCAUUGGAGUCCUGGGUGCUGGAUACUCCUUUAUCGUUUCGGCCGUCUCAAUCAACAGGGGUCCAAAAUGUCUCAUCAGCCAAAACAACACGUGGGGCUACCCCUUCCACGAAGGAGAUUACCUCGGGAACUCUGACUUAUGGAGCAGGUGCCAAAAGCCUAGCGACGUGGUUCCCUGGAAUCUGACCCUCUUCUCCAUCCUGCUGAUCGUAGGGGCAGUUCAGAUAAUUAUCUGUGCCAUCCAGGUGAUCAACGGCCUCCUGGGGACCCUGUGUGGAGACUGCCAGUGUUGUGGCUGCUGCGGGGGAGAUGGGCCAGUCUAAACCUCCAUGAUGAGCUGUUGUAACCUGAUGGCGUGUGAGACGAUAUAUUAAACUUAAUUCUCUUCUUGGAGUUGCCAGUUCCUACCUGCUUCCUAACUGACAAAGCUUAGGGAGGCCAGAGUUAUUUCUUCUCCUUUCUAACCAGCUCAGUUCAACUUAGAAUUUUGCUAGUUUCAAAUAAAAAAUAGUUUGGCCACUUAAGGAAUAUUUAUGAAUCUUUCCAAUUAGCUUCCUUUUAUCAUCGAAGAGCAGGUUCAAAGCAAACGUUUCAUAAUUUUUUCUCUAAGAAUGAAAAAUGUAUAAGAACACGUGUGCUCUGUUCUGCUUCUGUGUACAUAGAGAUGUUAAUAUCCUUGGAAGUUUUACAGAAGUCAAAGGAGUAAAUCACAUUAAAAACGAGAAGCUAAGACCAAUUUUUAUUUUAAAGAUUUAUGGGGAAAACAGAAUGACUGAUGUAUCAUAAUUUUUAUUUAUUGCCUUUUGUGCUAACAUGUUUGAAUUACUUGUGACUAAUCUUUUGAGCCUGACAUCAUUUACUAGGGUUUCCCUAUGUAUAUUAAAUUAAAAUCAGAAUUCAAAGGUAA